AUGCGUUCAGUUGAGCCCUUGGACGUGGCGUCGCCCUCGGCGGCCAAGGAGCAAACGUCAUCCACGACAGAGCGCAAGCCGAGCCCGACGACGAGCAGCAGCCUGGACUCGGCCGUCUCGCACUACGCCUACGAGCACUUUGACCGCCGACGGCAGCUGCGGCAGCUGCUGACCAAGAGCCUGGUGCGGUGGCUCAUCACCGUGGUGCUGUGCGCGGCCAUCUACGGGGUGCUGCUGGGGUACUCGUCGCACGACGCGCUGCCGCAGCGCAAGAAGCUCGAGUUCAACACGCUCGUCAUUGCGCUCACCAUCUCGCUCGGCCUCAACAUUGCCAGCUCGCUCAAGGCAAAUGCCGUCGAGCUCCAGUGGUGGCUGCUUAGCCUACGACGCUACAAGCCCCGCGAGGCGGACCUCAUCAUGUCGAGCGAGCACUUUACCACGAUGCUGCAGCUCGGCUGGACCACGCGUCACACGCUGAUUCAGAUCUUCGUAGUCGUCUUUGUCACCAUGAACAUUGGUUCGCAAAUAGCCUUGGCUCUUCUCGGCAUCACGUACAACAUCAACCCCGCCAACCAUUUUGCCAUUACCAAGCCAGGUCUUGUUUCAAUAGCCGAUCUGAACGAUAUUCAAGGCACUAGGGUCUUGGCCGCGUCUAAAAAGCGCCACGAAGCCGAGGAUGUCAACUCUCGACGAUACUCGGCCAACCUGUAUGGGCAGUUUGGGUCCAACUUUGUUGAAGGCAGCCUUGACCUUGCGCCAAAACCAGGUGCGCUGUACAAUCCAGACGACGCUCAAGUCUUUUACACGAAGGAGCUGCCACUCGACUCCGGUGAUGGCAACGGCAGCGACGGUAGUGCUGCCACCAAGCCAAACGACAACGGAAAUGUCUACUCCUACACGUAUUUUUUCUUGGAGAGCACACUCACCAAUGCCAGCUACGCCGGCACAGUAGCCUCGAACCGCUCCGUCACCGUCACGGCGAGCUGCGAUAGUUUCAAGGUCGUCACCGGCGGCAAUGGCACGUCGUCCAACAUCACGGUGCGUUUCAACUACGGCCAAGAUGUAGUCUACCUUCCCGUCGCCAACGGCGGCUCGCAGAUCCUCUACCUGCACGACCCGGCCACCGAGGCCAACGAUACGUGGAGCCGGGUGAGCGCCUUUGAGCCGUCCGACACGGACCCGUGGUUCUACCAGUGCCAGGUCUCCGUCGGCAACGUCACCAACGGCUUCCUCCCGCAGCACUACAUGGGCACAAACUUUACCCGCUACAUACCGCCCGCCAUUGCGCUGCAGGGCUACGGCGCCUCCGUCUCCGACAUCGGUCUCGGCAACACGACGACAAACUACCAGUUCCAGAGCUAUCCCUUGCAGACGUACUUUGGGCAGCCGGGCAGCGGCAGCGGCGUGUUCAUGGCCUCACUCGUCAGCCGCUACGCCAUCAAUGCCCUCGCCGUCGGCGCCUUGUACAACGCAAACGUCGACGCCCCCGGCAUGGAGCCGGAGCGCGGCAUCCAGCUCGAAAUCACAAAGUGGCGGAACGUCCAUGUCAUCGUGGGCCUCACGGUUGGCGUGCAGCUUAUCAUCCAACUCGUGUCGGUGCUGGUCGCCAACCGCGUGCAGGUCCGCGAGCAGCGAAGCCUAGCGACUGCUGCGCUGCUGCGCCCUCUGCUCGCGGGCGUCGGUGAGCGUGCGAGCAUGGCGAGGGUAAAGCAAAUCGCCAAGUUGAUUGGCAAGGACGUCACUGUGAGAUACGAGCCUGUCGGCGCCGGAUACGAUCUUCACAUAUAUAGAAACGGACAACUUGAGCAGUUUACACCGAAUACCAUUGAUAGAUAG